AAUUUAUUCAUAAUAGCUAAAUAAAGUUCAAAGACUGACUGACGGUAAAACGCGCGUUCAUCAAACAAUGUGGAAAUAUAGCUUAAUGAUAGGCCAGAAAUAGCAGCGAACCGCUUGCCAAUUAUUGAAUUGGAAGUGGAUCUUGAUGGUUGACUUGUGCUUAUAGAGACGACUGCUUGAAGACUGCUUGGAAGAUCACAAUCACAUAAUACGUCGGCUUAGCAUAAGAGGAAGUCAACUUUAGUACUUAACUUAAUUUUACUGCUCUUAAUGCGUCAAUAUUUCAUACCGAGGAACAGAGUGUGAGAGACAACGAGAAAAAUCUUUGAGCUUCACUCUCUUCCGAAAUCAAACACAGAUUUAAAAGGAAUACUAACGUUUACUCACGUGGACUGUGUUUUCCAUAGAGCGAAGGAUUUAAGAGGAAUAGGCAUUUGACAACUUCUUGUCGGUACCUGGUGGAUUUUUUUUUAAUCAGACACAGUGCCUCGACAUUUGACACGAUGCGACUAAAGAAAUUAUCCUGGCUUUUCAUCGUUAUACUUGCCUUCCUAACCAUCGUGCGUGUGAGUGCCGAUGAAGAGGAAGAUGAUGACGAAGAGGAAAGUCGGCAUCACGUGGGGCACAGGAUAACUCGACCACCUUCAUCAUCAUCUGGAAGAGGAGAUGGAGUCGGAGGAGCUACUGAAAUCGGUCACCAUGGUCACGGUGGGAGGAGACCUGGGAAAGGAAAUAAAGAUGAUAGGGAUGAUGACGAAGAAGAGGAGAGCGAGGAAGAUGAUGACGAUGAGUCUGGAGGUGGCAAAGGUCAUCCAGGAAGAGGAGGAGGUGGUGGUGGAGCAGGGACAGGUGGAGGAACUGGAGGAGGAGGAGGAGGCGCAGGUGGACAAGGAGGGGGAGGAAAGGGAAACGGAGGCGCUGGAGGAGGAAGUGGUGGUGGUGAUGCGGGCGGAGGAGGAACUGGAGGUGGUGGUGGUGGUGGUGGUGGUGGUGGUGGCGGCGGCGGUGGAGGUAGAGGUGAAGGGGGAGGUGGUGGUGGUGGGGUAGGUCCAGAUGGAGGUACUGGAAAUGGUGGAGGAGGUGGAGGCAAUGGUGGAUCUGGAGGAGGAGGAGCGGGAGCCGGAGGAGGUAGUGGCACAGAAAGUGGAGAAGCAGGGGGACAUGGCGGAGGAACAGGAACGUGGGGAGGAGGGGCAGGAGGAGGAAAUGGAGGCGGCGGUGGUGGUGGAGGCGGAGGCACUGGUGAUAGCGGCACUGGAGGAGGAGGAGCAGGAGGAGCAGGAGGAGCAGGAGGAGCAGGAGGAGCAGGAGGAGCAGGAGGAGCAGGAGGAAAUGAAGGAAAUGGAGGCGGUGGUGGAGGCGGAGGCACUGGUGGAACUGGAGUUGGUGGAGGUGGUGCUGGUGGUAGUAGCGGAGGUGGCGGUGGUGGUGGUGGUGGUGGUGGUGGUGGUGGCGGCGGUGCAGGUGAUGCAGGUGGUGCAAGUGGUGGUGGUGGUGGUGGUGGUGGUACGGGUACUGGUACAGCAGGAGGAUCUGGAGGCGGACAAGGAGGAUCUGGUGGCACAGACCCAGGAACAUCAGAUCCAGGACCCACUGCUGGUCAAGCACCUGGAGGCCGGGUGACGACACCACCAAUAUCACACAUCCCGAGAUCGACUGCAGUCCCGACGAUAGCGCCGUCGCCUACGACAACUUUCUGUCCGUCAUCGUGCCCUGUCGUACUCGACUUCAUCUGCGGGUCCGAUGGCCAGACGUACGCCAACGAAUGCGUGCUAAGUGUAGUCCGAUGUACCACCGGCGACACCACCUUAGCAAUCAUGUACAAAGGCCAGUGCCAGGUUCAACCUCUGACUUUCUCCGAUCCUUUACACCCCUGGGGAAGCAGAGAUACUGAUUUACCAACGGAUCAUGAAAUUCCUUUACCAUUGUCGGCACCAUCAACGUCAACGUCGUCACAAAUGAAACCCAUCAUGAAUAUUAAGGAAGCAUUAAAUUAUUGGAGAGACACGAGGAGGUCAACUAGGUCGAGUUUUCAAGAAAAUUCAACUCGCUGAUGUUUAUACUAAAUUGACUUUAUGGCUGUAAGCGACUUGUGGUCAUAACUGUGUAAUGACAUUGAUUGAUUGAACCAAGUACUAUUUCGUUUGAUAUUUUAAAAUAAUCUAAAUAAUUAUGGACAUUUUUAUAAUAUACUGUUCCUAGUUCUUAGUUAAUCGAUGAAUCUCGUAUAUAACCUUUCGUUUCAUCUGACUGAUCACCUUUCUUGUAAGCUGUAUUGUUCAAGCUUUGCUGGUUUACUCACAUUAAAAAGUAAAUUUCCUUCAUCAAGAGGAGAAAUUAUCUCGAAAUCAAUGCCUACAAUAUAAUUACUAUGAACUAAAAAACACAAAUUUGCAAAUAAUAUUGCCCGUAAAGGAAUAUAAUAGUGCCCACACACGAUUAUGCACUUCCCCCUCUUGUCUUUUUAUAUCUAUAAACGGGCGCUAUUCUAAUAAAUUAAGUUAGAUUCUAUGUUAACUGACAUGUAAAGUUCCAGAGUAAACAUAUUCUUAACAUACCUCUAGUGAAUCGGCAUUCUGAAAACUAUAUUCAAGAGUAUGUUAUAUUCUUUUUUAGGUUACGCCCCUGACACGCCCAUUUUUCAUUGAUUCUCUAAUGAGAUGCACUGUUGGAAUGUACGCUCACUCUCAGGAAAUCACGUUUCAUGUUUAAUGUAAUGUAAUGUAAUUAUGCUACCCUUCGCCAAGAUGUAUUUUAAUAUUAUGAAGUUUAUUUAUUGUCCAUUCAGUGUAAGUAGAUUAACUAUAACAUUUGGGAACAUUCUAUAUCAUAUAGGUUGUCAUAGCAACAUAUUAUUGUACAUGUAUAUUCUUUACCCUAAAGUGUCUUUUGGAAUAUUUAUUUGAUUGGAGAUUGAAUACGCUAUGAGUUUCGAUUUUGUAAAAAUAAUAGUCGAUAUGCACUUGAAAUUUCGUUUACUUUGGAAUAUGGAGAUAGUGGGAAGUUAAAUUAAUGUUUCACAAUCCUUCAUAUACGCAAGCUUUUUUUUAGAAGAGAAUACUAUAUACUAUACUUCAUUAAGUAUUUUUAGGAAGGAGUCGUCAUCUGCCACAAAUAACACAUAAUAGUAUAGCAAAUGUUAAAUCCCUUUCUGUAAUAUAUGGUCUAAAACUGAUAUGUGCCUCACUCUAAUAAGGGAAGACAACGUAUAUGGUACAGUUUUUAGAAAUAUGUGACCAUGCAAAUAACUGUUAAAAGAUACAUUUAACGUGAAUUCAUGUGCUUUACCGAUUUUCUGUUAGUGUGAGAUACCAUUGCAUCUAUGCAAAAAUUGGUAUAUAUAUAUAUAUUAUAUAAAUAUUUGGCUAAAAGCUAUGUUGAUUAUCAUGAGUAGGCCUAUGUGCCUACUACUACUCUUGGUUUUUCUCUCGAUCACAUUUAAUUUUAUACGAAACGUCAAGUUAGAACUAAAUGAACUGAUUAAAUUUAAAAGAAAUUAUUUUGAAAACAACUUUUAUGUACAGGCGGCAUUAUCAUAUUAUAAGCGUUUUUAGAAUUACGAUAUCUUGUUAGCAAUUAAAACUCCCACACAACGGCCCUGGUAAAUAUAGCAAUGUAUAUGAUUAUCUAAAUAAGGCUGACAAGCGACUGAAAAAAGUACAGACCUAUCGAAAAAUCUUAUUCCCAACCUGGAAAUUAACUUUCUUUUGGUUAUCAAUUCAAGGCUGACAUGUUGUUAAACACAGAAAAUGUGAUAGCAAAGUACAGGAACAUAGUAUACACAUCCAUGUAUGAUGCUAAGUGGAGGGGGGGGGGGGAGAAAACUACCGUGCUGUCAAAGCGUGAUCGUAAUGACAAUUCUCUUCACUUACACCCACAAUAAAUCAAGGGCCUUUUAAAGUAAUGUAUUUGUUAGAGAAGGCAAAGUCGUGUAUUAUUGAAAAAUAUGUAAAAUAUAUGUUAAUUUAGAACACGCAUAGCUUUCAUUGGGUAGCUACCCAAUGAACACAGGAUUGAGUUAUUAGCCAUCAUAUGGCAUUUUCCUCUUGCACAUACGUUGUAUGUGGAUGAUCUUAUUGUAAUUCACAUAAUAUUAUGAUUCUUUAAUCAAUGUUCUUUAUAAAGAAAUUAAAA